AUGUCUGCCACCUUCCCCGGCGCCCGCCUGCACGACGACGAUGACCUCAGCCACAGCCAUAACCAUGACUCCUCGACAUCACAAACACCACCAGCUCCUCGGCGCUCUCUAGCCUCCACGAGCCAAGCACCUUCCGCCGUCGACCACCUCCAGUUCCGGUCACACACGGUCGCACCCACGCCACCGCUUGCCGCCGCAACGGCCGUCCCCUCUUCGGCCGAUAUUCCCACCCUCGACGCCGUCCUCAGCGAUCACGGCUUCCCCGCCGCCUCUUUGUCAAUUGAUACUGCCGCCUCCCGCCCGACGGCCCCUCAGCGCACAGACAGCCUGGAGAGUUACAGCGCCUCCUCACGAACCCUUCAAGGUCUCUCGAUACAGCGCAAGGCAUCUUCCUCGAGCCUCAAGCCAGUUUCACGCACUCCGAGCCUGAAGCAAGCGCUUGCAAAGGGCGUUGCUUCUACCCCAAGCUCGGCUUAUCCCAGUCCAGUCAUCUCUGCGAUGGGCAAUGUCACGCCACUUCCCUCGCCUCUGUUUCCGGGCGACUCUCCCGGUCCAUGGAAUCGCCUACGUCCUCGGUCGUCCUCGCGCGAGCACCCUCUACCCCAGAUCAUGCAUGACUCAGUCCUUGUCACAGCAAGCGGCGAAUCCAUCGCCUCUGCCAUUGCCAACCAGGGAAAGCGCAAGACGUAUAUCGGUCUGCAACCCGACCAUGUAGACGAGAGUAUCAGUGGCAAGCAUGAACACGCCCGCAAUAGAAGCAUAAGCGAAUACGUAUCGGACUCCAAGACUGUGCCCAAGCGACAACUCACAGUCACCCGCCGGAGCGGCCCUGUUGAGCACGACGACGCGACUGCAGACCACUCAAUAAGGAGAGAGCCGCACCUGUCCCAAGCGCGUGGCAUUACACCUGUGGCCAAACCACCAUCUCCUCCUCCCAGCGAAUCGUCCCAAAGUAAUGAGGGCUGCAUAGCCAAACGGCCACGUGUCGAGGUCUUUGAUGCGCGAAGUCGACACGAUCACAGGUUACGCCGGUGGCGCUUCGUCAAGGAGCUUGGGCAAGGCACCUUUAGCCGUGUUGUGCUCGCUACGAGUCGGACAGAUCAUGACGAAGGGAACUUUUCUGAUGAAUCUACGAAAGGCACCACGCAAUCUCCAUCAAUUCUGGAUCGAAAGACCUUGGUGGCAAUCAAGAUAUGUGAACACGGGCCUCGGGGUGGCGCCUGCGAGAACCGCGUCGAGAUGAGCCUCAAGCGCGAGCUCGAGAUCAUGCGCAUAGUCGAUCAUCCAUCUGUGGUUCACCUCAAAGCUUGGAGUAUCGAGUCUACAAGGGCUCUACUGGUGCUCAGUUAUAGCCCUGGGGGGGAUCUCUUCGACAUUGCCACGACACACCGCCACGUCUUAACGAAUGAGCUUAUGCGACGGAUGUUCUCGGAAAUCAUCGGUGCGGUCCGGUAUCUACAUGAGCGGAGAAUCGUUCACCGGGAUAUCAAGUUAGAAAAUGUCCUAGUCAACUUGCCUCCUCAGGAGUUAGCGGAUGCACAACAAGAUUGGACCACGUAUCCUUACUCGGUUGUCACCUUGACGGAUCUUGGGCUCUCACGAUUCGUGGCUGACGAUGAGAAACUUGAAACACGAUGCGGAUCUGAUGACUACGCAGCACCUGAGGUCAUACUAGGCCAGCCAUAUGAUGGCAGAGCGAUCGAUGCCUGGUCAUUGGGUGUCCUCUUAUAUGCUCUCAUUGAGUCGAGGUUACCGUUUGACCCCCAUCCAAACGCGAGCGAUGUUCAAAGAAUGCGCAGCCGGACAAGCCACCGCAUAGCCCGGGUUGACUGGAGCUGGAUCAAGUAUGCUGGAGACGACGGCGAUCAUGAUGCAGACGAGUCAAAAUUUGCAGCCGAUGGAUUAACAGAUGCCAUGAACAUCACUGAGGGACUUUUGAAGCGUGCUCGCAGCCGUUGGCCGCUUGAAAAGGUUUCCGAGACACUUUGGGUCAAAGAGGGAAUCAAAGUACCAGGCGGUAUCAAAUUCCGCGAGGAAGACGAGGCUGAGGUGAUUUCAUCAGAUCAGAUUGAUGUCACACCGUAA